AUGCGAUACAAAAGUUUACAAAAAAGUCAGACAUACUGUUCUGUCAUCUCAUCACUUCAGUUGAUUUCAUCUUUGAUGUUGGUCAUACAUCUAGCCAGUCAAACAACAGGAUACAUGUUGUACAACAAUGGAGUUUUAUUGAAGGGAUUGAAAUUUUCUGAGCCAUGUCCUGAACAGAAUUACAAGUUUCAUAAUCCUACUGGAAAUUUUAUGUGUGUAGUGCCAACGCCUAAAGAAUGCUUUAAAUUAUGCCAAGAAACUGGAUGUACCGAAUGGAAUCAUAUGAAUCUUGUUCCAUCUGGUAGUGAAGAAGUUAAACGCUAUCAUAGAUGUCGAUGUUUUCCAGAAUAUAAUAUGUGUUUCUAUAAUUAUGUCCCAAGAACUUAUCGUGACUUUGAUUAA